UCCGACCGCAGCAGCAGAAGCAGCGUCUUGCUUUGGUGAAAGCGGAGAUUCCCCCUCAACCAGCAGCAGCAGCAUCCAUUUAAGCAUCCGUGUUACAGUGGUCAAAUCACUACCACAUCUUCCCCCGACUGACCACUCCUCACUGGGAUGUCGUCGUCGAGCAAUAGCGAGGAUUUGAGAACCGAUGCGAGAGGAGACCUUUCUGUUGUAUUUUUUCGAGCGUGACUGGAAGGGAGCGGAGCGGCGAUGGAUGAAGGCAGGAGGAGACAAAUAAAAUUUUGAUAAUCGCUGGGUUUAGCUGGCUAACGCUAGCACGCUAGUGUUAGCUACCCCUCAGCUCGCCGUUGGUUGUUUUUUUCUCACUCCCCCGUUCACUGACCGAUGUGGUGUUUUCCUCCAUGAAAAAACACUCCUUAAAGCCUUUUUAUAUUGAUACCGAGACAUGCUGGAGUCAGCGAGGACAUUUCUCUCAAGGAUAAAAGAACCAUAGCUGUCUACUAGCCUCCCAGCGCUUUUUAGCUAAGCAUUUUUUUUUUUUAAUUACUAUUAUUUUUUCCCACCUCGCUCAACCGUGAAGAACAAGAUGCUGGCGGAGGAGGAGUGUGUCUAACGGUGAACCUGAACUUGCAUGGACACACUCUCCAUGAAGGUCAUGAUACUGAGAGAAUGAUCAUGCUGGAAAAACAGAGCUCGACGCAGGAGAUCGGCGAGGAGGCCGAAGACGACGCCAUCUUCACCAUCACGCUGAGGAAGGUGCAGCUUCACCAGUCGGCUAGUAAGGGGCAGCGAUGGCUGGGCGUGGAGACGGACUCGGCACUGAGCCUCUACGAAACCUGCAAGGUGCGGACAAUCAAGGCCGGCACGCUGGAGAGGCUGGUGGAGUACAUGGUGUCAGCAUUCAGGGGCAAAGACUCCACCUACGUCACCAUCUUCCUCUGCACCUACCGCUCCUUCGCCACCACCAAGCAGGUGCUGGAUCUCCUGCUUCACAGGUAUGCCAAGCUCCAAAAUGUCCCUGCUGCCACGGCACACAGAGUUUCCCAGGACGACUGCACAGAACUGAGAAACACUGUUUCGUCUAUCCUGGGCGCGUGGCUGGACCAGUAUUCUGAGGACUUCUGGACCCCUCCCAACUAUGACUGUCUGCAUCAGCUUAUGUCCUACCUUAACCGCCACUUCCCUGGUUCAGACCUGGAACGCCGCGCCCGCAAUCUGCUGGCCCACUUCCACCGCCGGCAGCAGUGUGAGCCUGAUCCUGAUGGGGAACACAUCGGCUGCCCUUUUGCUACGCAGGAAGAGAGUGGCUUUGAGGACGAGCUUCCUGCUUUUAGUUUCCUGUCGUUUGACCCCAUCAUGGUGGCAGAGCAGUUCACGCUCAUGGACGCGGAUCUGUUUAAGAAGGUGGUUCCCUACCACUGCCUGGGGGGGAUCUGGUCUCAGAGGGAUAAAAAGGGGAAGGAGCACCUUGCUCCCACCAUCAGAGCCACUGUGGCCCAGUUCAACUCCGUCACCAACUGUGUAAUCACCACCUGCCUGAGCAACCCGACGCUGAAGCCCAACCAGAGAGCCAGGCUGGUGGAGAGGUGGAUAGACGUGGCUCGGGAGUGUCGGAUCCUAAAGAACUUCUCCUCAUUACGAGCCAUCCUCUCCGCCCUGCAAUGCAACGCCAUCCACCGCCUGAAGAGGACGUGGGAGGAAGUGUCACGGGAGAGUUUCCGUACUUUCCGCGAGCUGUCCGAGAUCUUCUCAGAUGACAACAACUACUCCCUCAGCCGAGAGCUGCUGGUGAAGGAGGGCACCUCCAAGUUCGCCACUUUGGAAAUCAACCCCAAACGAGCUCAGAGGAGACACCAGCAGCAAAGAGACCUGGGAGUGAUGCAGGGGACGAUUCCUUACCUGGGGACCUUUCUGACGGACCUGGUGAUGAUGGACACUGCCAUGAAGGAUUACACUGAGGGUGGUCUGAUCAACUUCGAGAAGAGGAGAAAGGAGUUUGAGGUCAUCGCUCAGAUCAAACUGCUCCAGUUGGCCUCCAACAACUACAGUUUCACUCAGGACAGCCACUUCAGAGAGUGGUUCGCAGGCGUGGAGAAACUCAGCGAGGCAGAGAGCUACAAUCUGUCCUGUGAGAUCGAGCCUCUGUCAGAGUCGGCCAGCAACACGCUCAGAGCCAAGAAGAACGGAGGAAUCAUGAAACGCUGGAGCGACCGGCAGUUGACUGAGGCCGGCUGUAGCAGCGCCCCGGGUUCUCAUUCCAAGUCGUUCGACCACUCACACUACAGGCCGUACCAAGGAGGCGGGGGGGACAGCGGCGACGCCCUCAGCGUCACCUCCGUCAGCUCCAGCGGUUCAGACCUGGAGGAUGUGAACGCCAGCUUCCUGUCCGAUUCCCCGGAGGGACAUGAGAGAAAAGUAAGGAAGAAAGACGGGAUAGAGAAGUCACUGCAAAACUUUACCAGUGUGAAGACGUCGACGCCUUCAGUGAAACUUACCGUCUCUGCUUUGGGGAGAGAAGCUCCAGCAGCGGAUACAGCAUCAACGUUCUGGGAGUGUACGUCUCUGUCGUCUCUGGACACCUCCGGUUCGGCCUCCGGCUCCAGCAGCGCCUCCUCCUCCUCCGUCUCCUGCUCCACCCCGCUGUCAGCCUCCCGCUCACACAAACGCUCGGUGUCUGCGGUGUCGAACUACUCGACUCUGUCUCUGCCGCUGUACAACCAGCAGGUGGACGACUGCUGCAUCAUCAGGGUCAGCCUGGACGUGGAGAAUGGCAACAUGUACAAGAGCAUCCUGGUGACGAGUCAAGACAAGACUCCAGCCGUCAUCAGGAAAGCCAUGAUCAAACACAACCUGGAGCGAGAGAAGGCUGAGGACUAUGAGCUGAUGCAGAAAAUCUCUGAGGACAAAGAGCUUCGGAUCCCAGACAAUGCCAAUGUUUUCUACGCCAUGAACUCCACUGCCAACUACGACUUUGUGCUGAAAAAGCGCGGCUUGGCCCGGCCGGUGCGGGCCAAGAACGUGGCCAGUUCGACGCUGCCUCGCAUGAAACAGAAGGGACUGAAAAUCGCUAAAGGGAUCUUCUGAGGAGAAACGCACCACUAACCUGCCUCCCCUCCACCCCCUGAAUCCCUCUCUGGUCUCCACUCCUCCUCAGAAGAAAUAUUUCUAUUCGGGUCUGUUGGAGGCAAACUAACCUGAAGUAUCUGAGUUUUGGUUUGGACAAAGACUGAGAUGCCAGAGGAGAUGAGAUAAAUGACCAAGGAAUCUUUCUGUGGAUUAGCAGAAAGCAGAGGAGCACCUUAGCGCUUAGUAACAGCUGUCGUGUCAUCAGGACCCUCCAAGGACGUUAAAAGGCAGAGUUUGUCGCAGGAAAUUUCCACUUGUGAAAAAGUUCUUGGCAGUAGAAGGACACGUUUGUGGGGAAAAACAUACAGCUGAGUUGGUGCCGGGCACCGCUGCUCGGUGGCUGAACUAGUCGAACUCUGUGCCAGCCUCCACUCGGUGUGAGACGCGUAACUGGUUGUAUCGGCUUGUGGAGAAGCAGAUCCAUUUAGUUUCCUGGUCCAUUACUUUUUGUUUACACCUGAACAUGGCUCGAUCAGCUCUUAAAGAUUUUUGUUCAAGCCUUUUGUUCCCGUGAGGAAUUUUGCACCUUCGUUAAAACUAUCUAUAAAAACCCAGAUUCCCUCGGCAGCCUUCAUCCGCGUCUUUUACUUUUCAGUCCUCAUGCACGCCCCUCCUUCAUGGAGUGUACAUAAACAAACAAUAUGAAUUCACAGUGAGUAAACACAGAUGUGUGUAACAGCUGGGUGUUCGAAUGUGUUUGUAUUUCUUCAGGGAACUUAUGUUGUGAGUGUACCGCUGCCUUUACCGUCUCUCAGCGGGGGGUUCCUGAUGUCGACAGUGUUUCUUGGAGUGCAGCACUGGACGUUUCGCUCGACACUCUUGGACGCUGGGGCUUGUUUCAGCAUUUUAAUACCAGCGACGCUGACAUGGAGGGAUGUGAACUCUUUUAACUUCUGAACGCUGCCAUAUUACAAAAAAACAAAAGGUCAAGUAGUCUGAAAAUGGUGUCAAUCCAUCACAUGCCACUGUUUUCUUUCUUUUCUGUUGUUAUUAAUGAAUUGUAUGAAUUGUAACCACUACACCGUGAAGGAUGUGGCAGUCCUUCAGUCGCACUUGACUGGGACAGAAAACGUCCCAGAGAGAAGAAAAAGUGAGCUGAAAACAAACAAAAAAACAGUGUAUAUAUCAAUUAACACCAACUGUGCAGAAUAUUCUUUUGAAAAGGACCAUGAGAUUUUGUUAAUAGACUUCUCACGAUAUCAACACUUUUGAUUUGUACAUCUUUUUGCAUCUCUCCGCUCUGACAUGGUGCUGCUAAUAAUCAUCCUUCUGAAGAUGUUGUUCGAGCUGCACUUCACUGCUUUCUCUGCUUCCGGCCGCCAUUUUGGAAGACAACAGAAGCAUCUGUUCUUACGUGCUGAGUGAGACGUUUUGAUGUCAUGUUUGCUGUUUUCAGAAAAUUAUGAUUAAUCUCUAAAACAAGUCGACCAUGUGGAAGCCCAUUUCUGCCAGGAUAUGAAAAAAAUUGUUAAAAAGUAAUAAAUGACAAAAAUAAAAACACAUCAAGUCAAAUUAUGAUGUUAAGUUCUCAUAAUUUUCAAUUACCUUGUAUAAGAGUGACACUAAUUAAUAUUUUAUUUCUUAAUCCUGCAACCUUCUUCAACAUUUAUUCAUUUGAAACAAGGCUUUGACCUUCUAAUGCACUAAAAGCUGACUGAGCAGCUCUCAGUGGAGGCUGGCCUACUGCACCCAUUCAUAUUUAUUAUUUUAGAUUAGGAUAAUCCCAUUGAGAUGUACCAUCUUCUUGUGUUCCCAAAAUACUGCAGGAGAGAAACUCUGGUAUACAACCAUUAAGAAUAAAUCAGAUUCACAGGUUUGUUUCUGGCUAUGGUCAGUGAGGACCUUUAUCACCACACAAAACAAUAUUCAACAUUUUCUGUAACAGCAAACUGAUAUUUUGGUUUAACCCUGGACCGGUGCACGGAAGUGGUGGACACUGGUUUAGUGGUUUAGUUUUUCCAACAUGGCAGCUCAUCCUUCAUAACCAUUAGUAACCAUUGUCCAAAUGUGCCAUGUGUGUUGCAGAUCACCCCUCGAGUCCUGCUGAUUUAUCCUGCAGGACGUUUUCUUGCGUGUCAACUGUGGUUUUACGUGCCGGUGACGACAGCAGUCUUUCCUCUCUGGGCUCUCUCACACUUUAGUGGGGAAAAGAUGGAUUUUGAUUAUUUCCAAAUAUGGAAAAAUAGUCCAAAAAUUGUCAAAAUACAGAAACAUAGUAUUUUGAGUCUUGAAUGAGGUUGUGUGUAGGAGCCCAGUCCUCUCUGUGCUGUCCAUGAUCUGUUUCUUUAAAGGAAAAAUUCAACCUAAAACCCUUUGUUUUGUAGUUUUUGGUGAUGCACUUUCCAUUUGGGAGUUUAUGUUUCCCAUAAAUACAAAGUUACAUUUCAACUACAACUACAAAGCAAAGUUUUAAAAGGCUUCUUUUCUUGAUUCUGCACCGUACUUCUCUGUUGCACACAAUGUUCACAACAUAUCUGUUUUAUUGAAAUAUAAAUAUGCUAUAUAGCAUCAAGGACCUGUUUCGGAAAUACUACAGUGAAUGUGUUAGUGGUGAACAGGGCUUUUUUGUUUAACGUACCCUGUAAUGAUGUGCUCCUUGGCUUGGUUAGCCGGACAUGCUAAUGUUUGCAGCUACUGUUAGAACAGAUGCAUUUCUGACACUUUCGCUUUGUGUGUUGGAAAGGCUUAUAAAAGGUACCACAUUUUAAACUGUUUAAAUUCAGAGUACCACUGUCACUACAACUCCAUGUUAACUGCUUCAACAUGUGGAGAAAUCCAAAGCUUGCACUGCCUUACCGAGCUGAGGUUUGGAAGCUAUGAUGCUGUUUGGGAGGGAGGUUGAGCAAACAGUCAGUUUGAUCAACACCAAAAAAUGUUACACCCGUUCUGUUGUGCUGUCGUAUAGCAUCCUGGGAAAUGUAGGAAAUGACUAAUUAAGGGAAAGUGGAUUCACCAAAAACACUUCAUGAGUGGAUGUCAAAGGUUGGAUUUUUGAGUUCAGCAGAACACUAAAUUUUCCUGCAUUGCACUGCAGCCAUGUAUUGCCUUUUUUGUUAUUUUCACCUGCAUGAUGUUCAAAAUUCUCUUAACGAUCAAAUGAAUGAAGCGCCCCCCAAAACAACCUGCGAAAGCAAUAUGGUAACGAGUGUCAGGAGGCACGUUGUCUGGCUGUCGUGGAUGUUGUUCGUGACACUGUGGCGUGAAGUCCUCUCUCUGUUGAACACUGUGACCUUUGACCCGUUCACUCUGCCCUCUCUGCCUGUUGAUCGGCGCAACAUGUCGAGCACUGUGAUCAACAAAAAAUAAUGUCUCGUUCCCCCUUAAUGGUGUUGUGGUGAGCAUCCGCCCUUCGCUCGUCUUGUUAGCGAGCAGCGAAGGCAAUGGGCUUGACCUCACAUGUGCCAAAAAUAACAAAGACAGCGAUAAAGGGUUACAGACAGAUGAGUCCUCUGCCUUUCACAGUGAAAAAGAAAAUGUAGUUUGUAUGUUUACUGUUGUCGCAUUUUUCUGGAAAACAAAAAAAGGGUGAGAACACUAUGAAAAAAAAAAAAGAAGUUCCCAUUGGAGAAUUAGACUGUCGUCCAAGAAACUUGAAGCAAAGAUGUUUGUCAGGAGUUUUAGAUGAAGCUAUUGUAGAAACCCCACUUUCAUGAAUUUAUCCUCCUAUUUUUUACUUUUUAAUGUCUUUCAGGAUCAAAUACAAUGACAAAUUUGCAAAUAUUCCAAACUGGAGCGCCUCUGCCAUUAAAACCAGCAGUUUGUAACCAUAAACCAGGUUUUUAUUCCAACCAAACUUGAAUUAUGUGAAGGAAACAAAGAAUAUCUCUAACUUUAAUAAUAUUUCUGGACUGAAACAGUAGUUUAGUUGAUGAUUGAAGUGAGUAUGUGAAGUUCUGAUCCUGCACUCCUCAUCAAGACUUUAUGAUGUUUACAAAAAAUGUUAACUGAUUGAAUAUUGCUGGAUAUAUUUUCUCCUGCUGGUGCUGAAUAUUUUACACCAAACUUUGAGAUAUUUUUGCUGCCUUUAUGGCCAAAUUUGAGGAAUUAUUUAAGGAACUAUUUAAAAGCUAUAUCUGUGGUGAAAAUCCAACGGAGCAGUGACAAACCGCAGUGUGAAGCCUUUUUAAAGACUUUUUUGGUAUGUUAGAGUUUCUCCAUUCUUUCAUAGCAACUUUUGCAGGAUCUUCAAUGCUGUGCCUGUAAAAAAGUGUUUUGGUAUAUCCUACUUGAUGUCACAAAUUGACUAUAGACUAUAUGGAUGAAAAGCAAAUCUAUCGUACUUUUGUUUACACUGACAUAGCCAUUUAGCUGCAGCUGAUCCACAAUCAUUCGAAGCUGAGUGAUAUCUGUUGUAGUCAUCGAUUUACAGAUUAUUGAAAAAGACACAUUUACCAUUUAUUAAAACUGAAGAUGUGAAAUGUUUAAAAACCCACACCUCACAAAUAGAUAGUUUCAUAUAAAAAAAAGGCUCAUUAAUUUCCUAAAGCAACUUGUCCCUUUUCAAAACAUACCUUGAAUGCAGCAUAAGUUCUUUCUCUGUGGGGUUUGGUUGGAAUAAAAACUGUCAUAUUAUCGGGCCUGUAAUUAAAAUGUCUGUUCCCUUUUCCAGUGAUAACUUGUUUUCCCGGUUGAACACAGUAACGGCAGUGUUUCUGCAACAGUGUAAAGUGUGUUUGUGUUCCAUGAGAACGUAAACAUUGUGCAUAUGAGUGGAACUUUUAAGUGAAUUUCCAGACCCGGCAAGCGUUUUACGUACUGAUGAGCUUGAUGUCGGAAUGGUUUGUGUGUCAUCGUAGCCCGAGUUGACCAUGACGUACCAUUCGUGAUUUGAUCUGAUUCUGUGCGAGUUUGAACAAAUAGGCUGUGUUUACAAGAAAAAAAACUGGAAACCAGCUGGUGUGGUGUGUGUUUUUUUUAGUUUUAGUUUUAUGUUUUGUUUUGUUCCCCUGAACUGUGCUCGGGUGCCAUUUUCCAUAUUGACAAAAGGAUUUCAAAACUUUUUCUGCAGUCUCUUCUUUCUUUUACUUUUCCAACUUUCCCCAAGAACACAAAACCUAGAAUACAAAACUGUCCUUGGUUAUGUAUUUGUUUAUUUAUUGAUUUGUAUAUAAGUAUUUUGUUUUGCAUUGUACAUUCACUCCUUUCUUGGUUAUAGAUUAAUAUAUUCAUGUAUAUACGAAUAAACAUUAAGUUUAUAAAAGUAAAAA